GUUAUCUUUACUUGUGACUAGAUCCUUUUGUUGAUUACUCACCUCUGCAGGACUACACUCUUUUUUUUUUUAGUUUUGUAUGUUAAAGAUAUUAGCAUAUGAUGUGUUCUUGUAUUGACAUUGAAUCCUCAACUCUAUAAACUUUGCUGAGAUAAUGUGAUUCCAAAUUUAAAAUAGCUUUUGCACGUGUUUCUGUGUUUGGUUCAUUACAAGAGACAUUUAGAAUCACAAAUUCAUAAUCAUUAGAUCUUCUGCUAAAUUUAGCAAUCUAAAUCUCUAGACAAGUCAGGGACUAUGAAGAUUCUGACACACAGAAGAAACGCCUGCACACAGGUCAACCAUAUUAUAAGCUCAGCUCUGAACACUCUUCUAAGUUAACUAAGAUCCAAAAUUUCUCAUCAUGCAAGUGAUAGUAAUCCCACAACAGCAUAUGAACAUAUACUUUUUUGAAAAAUCAUCAGAGUUUCAAAAAGCACUAAAACCUUGUUUGAUUAUUAUAAGAUGACCCACGUUUUGAAGCAGAUGUAGAACAGUAGAUUCAAAACAAUCUAAUAUCAUUUGUCCCAAGAUUAGAAUAAUAUCAAAUCUGACUAACCGUGACAGAGAAAUGAUGUAGCAAGACUCGUGCGUUUAGGUUAAUCAAUGCACUAUUAAAUUCGUUAGAAUAUAAAAAAGCUGUUAAAUAACGAACUCAAAGGUAGGCCCCACAGAAGUUGCUAAUUAGUGGGAUCUCACAAUAGACACAAAACAAAACAAUGGACUCUAAGAUGACAACGUGAUCGCAGGAUUUCCAUCUCAAGAAGUCAGCAAAGAAUGACAAACUUGACCGAUUCAAUUUCUUCCUUAUUAUUAGCAUUUUUCAUUUCUUUAAAAGUCGCACUAAUUAACCACUAAAAGAACUCUCUGAGGGAUGUUUUUUUGGAGAAAGAAAGAUUAUAUGUUUGAAUUUUAAGCUUCUUCUACAAGUUCAAUUCAUCUUCUUCUUCUCCUGUUUUUCUCUCUAACUGAUUUUUGAAAAAAGGUGAGAUGGUCAAGAAAGCGAAAUGGCUGGAGAACGUAAAGAAGGCUUUUAGUCCAGAUGUAAAGAAGUUGAAACACCAAUCGGUUGAGGAGAGUGUCAUUUCUUACCCUGUACUGGUUGCAAGAUCCAGAAGCUCUCCUCCUCAGUUUGAGGUCAGAGUUGAUGAGGUCAACUAUGAACACAGGAAGAAGAAGAAUCUAUCUCCUCCUCCUUCAGAAGAACAAGAAAAUGUUCUUGGAGAUUCAACUCCUGAGUCUGUUCCUCCACCAGUUGCACCUGAUAGGUUUGCAGGGGAAGAAGCAGCUGCCAUCUUUAUCCAGUCUACAUUUAGGGGACAUUUGGCAAGAAGAGAAGCGCUGAGGAUGAGGAGGUGGGCUAGACUUAAGUUAUUGAUGGAAGGAUUGGUUGUACAAAGGCAAGCUGCAAAUACUCUUAGAUCUAUGCAGACUUUCACUCGUAUGCAGUCAAAGAUCCGGUCUAUGAGAAUCAGGAUGGCAGAAGAGAAUCAGGUUCGCCAUAAGCAUCUCCUUCAGAAGCAUGCCAAAGAGCUAAGAGGCUCCAAGAAUGGGGUCAACAAUCAGUCCAAGAAACAAGUUGAAGCAGGUUUGUUGAAUAAGAACGAGGCGGCGACAAUGAAAAAGGAAAUGGCAUUGGCUUAUGCAUCCACACAUCAGCAACACUUGAAGAGUAACCUGAAAUCUACAAACACUAUGUUCAUCAUGGAUCCUAGUAACCUUACUUGGGGUUGGAGCUGGUUGGAAAGGUGUACGGCUGACCGGCCAUGUGAGAGCUCAGAGAAAGAACGAAGCAACACCGUUAAGCCAUCCGUUAAGACCUCCACUAAUAGAGGAGAAACCGCAAAAUCUUCAAACCGUAAGAAGCUCAGUAGCUUGACUCAAACCAGUGCUCCAUCAACAUCAUCAUCCACAACUAAAAAGCCGAGAAAUAACAAGCCAACCCCACCGUCUAUAAGACCCAAGACCACCGAUGAAAUCACCAAGAGCUCUGAGAAGAACCGUAGGCACAUCAUUGCAAGGUCAUCGGUUAGUGAUGACGAAGGGCUAGUUAGCUCAAUGGCUAGACGUCACAACAUGGUUCCGACAAAACCAGCAAAUGAAAUACCCAAGAGUUCGGAGAAGAACCCUAGUAGGCACCUCAUUGCAAGGUCAUCGGUUAGUGACGACGAAGGUCUGGCUAGCUCAACGGCUAGACGCCGCAACAUGGUUCCAACAAAACCAGCACGUGGCAACCUCAAAGCCCAGAGCUCAGCUGCUGCGACCAAGGCAACCAAAGAGGAAAGUAAUGAUGUUUUACGGGAGAAAGCACCUGCAGCUAAGAAACGAGUUUCUCCUGCACCCAAACCUAGACGAUCCUCAGCUCCGUCCAAGGUUGAAAACAGCGUUUUAAAAGCGGUGAAAACGCCGUGUGCUUAACCUGACUAUUAUUUAUCUACCAUUAUAUAUAUAUACAUUUUUGCACCAAGGAUGGUGUUCUGAGUUUUGUAUCAACUACAUGCAAUGUUGGUUACAAGAAUGUGCAGCAUAAGUCUCUGACAAUCAUAUGACCUUUCUAAUGUUUUUUCCGAUAUUUUCUAUCGAUAUAUAGACUGUUGAAUUGCUUCAUAUAUAUGUUACAUUAUCAAAUAGUUUUGAUGUUAUUAGUUCUGACUUCUGAGCCUGGAUCAAAACCAUACCAAAAUUGAUUUGUAAACUGAAUUCAAGUAAACAGUUUUUUUUUGUUGUCUCUCUUUCUUUCUUGCCACAUUGAAAACAAAUGAAUAAAAAGCAAAUAUCUUACGUAAAUUAAAACGCCAAAAUGUAUAAAAACAAAAAUUAUAAAAUAUAGUCUAUUUCAUUUUCCAAAUAAAUGAGAUAAUUAACUGUUUUUAGCAAACAAUUUUUUUUUAAAAAAAGUUUAUCAGUCACUCUUAAU